CUAGCUGUCUUGGACUGUUCUCCCCCAAGAUUUUUCUUAGCAUGUUUUUAGUGUUUGUUUUUCCAUUUAUUUGGGUGCUGUAUUUAAAGGCCUUCGCUCCCAUUCUCUUCAUUCUUGAUAAGCAAAGCGACGCCGCUCGUCCUAUUUCCGGGAUUUGUGUUUGAGCUGAAAUUUGGGGAUUGACGGAUUCUGCCCUUUUUCCUGAUUCGAAUCAACGAGAUUUUUUUUUCGGUUAUCUUUUUGUGGAAAAGGGAUUGAUUUGAUUCUUCCUUUUUCCCUCUCGAUUCCUCGUUUGAUUUCAAUUGAAUUAUGGUAUUGAAAGUAGCUCCGGCAGCUUCACUACGGUGGUCGCAGCCGUCGCUCCCCCAAUCGCCGCCGUCUUGCUCCCAGACACUGGCCUCCGCCAUCCCCUCCCCGUCGUCGUCGCGGCGGCGGAGCUUCUCCAGCGGCGACGGAUCGCUCCUCCGCCGAUUCGUCGAAAAAUCCGGCCUAUUCCUCGACGCAAACCGCUCCCGAUCGCGCGGCGGCAAUAAGAGAGCCCGAAAAGCCCUAACCGCCAGUUUAAAUUCAUUCUCCGACGAAGAAUUCUCGAAGCAAAUUGAGGAGCUAGCGCUGAGAUUCCAGCUCAACGACGACGAUAAUGCCAGCACCAGUUCGAAAAUUGAUGAAUUCGAGUCUAGAUUCGACAAUGCUGGUGCGGAUGAGAGGGGGCUCGCGGGGGCUGGGGGCUCGGCUUGUUGCUCGAUAAAGAAGGCGUUUUCGUCUAUGGUGUUUAUCAUCCGAGAGCUCCAUAGCUACACUUUACAAAUGAGGUCUUUCUUACACUACGAGGAUAUGCAGGGGAUUGUGGCCAAGGUGCAGAGGGAAAUGCAUGCGUCGUUCGUGUGGCUGUUUCAGAAGGUUUUCUCGACUACCCCGACGUUGAUGGUGUACGUGAUGAUACUCCUCGCGAACUACAGCGUUUUCUCAAUGUCGAGUAAUGCAGCAAUAGCCUCUACACCGCCACCGAUGUGUGUUUCCACCACGGAGGAGGUGUCAUCAGUUUCCGUGGUGGAGGAGAAGGGACAGAAAUUCGAUGCAUCUAUUGUAAAGACACUGAAGCUGUCUUCCUCGACUGGGAAGGCAGCUUCGGUUGGAGGGGGCAGCGGGGGUGGGGGUGGGAAGUUCCCGCCUGUUGCUAGUGGGACCGAGGGAGAUGGGAGGUUUGAUGAGUCGAAUUAUUAUGGCACCGUGGCACCUGAUGGUAGCGCGUCUUCGUUUGUGAAUCCGUCUAGGACUAGUGGGGAGGAGUCUGUCUCGAGCGUGGAGGAGGAAGCAACGUUGUGGGAUUCGCUUGUGGAGGAGGCUUCCAAGAUGGGGAACGAGGAUUUGGACCAGGAAACGAAGAAAGGAUUCGUUUCUCCCGUUGAUGCGAGGAUUGAAGCGGAUGAUGAUUCGGAAUAUUUGAGAAUUGAGUUACUUUACCAAACAGAAUUGGCUCAAGAGCCUAGCAAUCCCCUUUUGCUAGCAAAUUAUGCCCAGUUUCUCUACCUCGUUGUUCGGGAUCUUGACAGGGCGGAGGACUACUUCAAGAGAGCCACGGAGGUGGAGCCAAAGGACGCGGAGGCACUGAGCAAAUACGCUAACUUCCUGUGGGUGGCGAGGAACGACCUGUGGGCAGCAGAGGAGACCUACUUGGAAGCCAUUGAUGCGGAGCCGAGCAACUCAUACUACGCAGCUAACUAUGCCCAUUUCUUAUGGAACACGGGCGGUGAAGACACGUGCUUCCCUCUGAGCUCUCCCGAUGCAGAAUCAGAUGGUCUGUAAAAGUCUUCAACAAUGGUGUGAUCAAGAAAAUCAAUCAUUUAUUGUGGUAAUUAUCCAGUGAGAGAGGUGAAAGAGGGGUUUCCUUCUCCAUGAGCUAGGUUUUUCUUUUUCUUUUUCUUUUUUUUGGGUUUUUAAUAUUAUAUAUAUGUGUAUAUAUAUAAUAUUGCUAUCAUAGGUGGGGGCUCAUUUUAUUUUGUUUUUGUUUUUUUCCUUUGUUUUGAUUUUGGUGGGGUGCAAAGAGAGAUGCUCUUUGUUUUUGAUCUUGUACUCCACUUACACAAAUGCGAUUGGCAUAAUUGUAAUUAAACUUCUUGUUAAUAAUUAAGUGCCAUUUUUCCGGUUA